UCCUACACCUCCUGCAUGUAAGAGAUACAGAGCAGGUCCUAGUGGGGCAGUCACUGCUGUUGUGUGUGGAGAUCUCUCAGAGCAGCAGCCCCUGAUCAUGUGACUCCUCCUCCUCCAUGUGACUAAUCACAUGACGGUGACAUCUUGCAGGUCCUGUAAGCUCACGGCUCCUCUACAGAUACAGGUUUCUCCAAUCCAGGAUCCUCUGCUGAUAUCUUCUAUAUAAGAGAAUUCUCCUGGAUGACCCAUCAACCAUGGAGAGAGACAGGAACAAGAUGGCCGACAGGAUCAUAAACCUCACCCUACAGAUACUCUUCCGGCUUACUGGAGAGGUUCCUAUAAGGUGUCAGGACGUGGCGGUCUAUUUCUCCAUGGAGGAGUGGGAGUAUGUAGAAGGACACAAGGAUCAGUACAAGGAUCAGGUCAUGAUGGAGGAUCAGCAGCCCCUCACAUCACCAGUCAAAUCCAGUAAGAAAACAGCACCAGAGAAGUGUCCCCGUCCUCUUGAUGAGCAGAAUAUGGAGGACAUUCCUUUAGGGAAAGGUCUGAUCUAUAUUAAUGCUACAGAUAUAAAGGAAAAAGAAGAAACAAAUGUGAGCAGCGAUGAGCAGUAUAAGGAGAACAUUCCUACAGAGAAAGAUCUGAUCUAUAUUAAUGGUACAUAUAUGAAGGAAGAAGAAGAGACAGAUGAGAGCGGUGAUGAGCAGUAUAAGGAGGACAUUCCUACAGACAAUGAUCUGAUCUAUAAUAAUACUACAGACAUAAAGGAUGAAGAAGAAGAGACAGAUAUGAGCGGUGAUGAGCAGUAUAAGGAGGAUUUUCAUACAGAUAAACACCCAGAUUCUUGUACCAGGAGAUCAGAGGAGAAUCUUAUAUCUUCAGAUUAUAAAGCAGAUGAUGAUAUCACACAAGAUACAUAUGAAGAACAUUCCAUUAUCCCAGAUACACCCUCAGCCCUUCACAACCAAGAUCUGUCAUCUCAUCCUUAUAUACAGGUCCUGUCUUCUCAGUCAUCACAGGAUGUUCAGCAAAAGGAAGGUUACAGAAGGGGUGUUGGACAUCAACGAGCUCAUACAGGAAAGAAACCAUAUUCAUGCUCAGAAUGUGGGAAAUGUUUUACUUUUAAAUCACGUCUUGUUACACAUCAAAGAACUCACACAGGAGAGAGGCAAUUUUCAUGUUCAGAAUGUGGGAAAUGUUUUACUUUUCAAUCAAGUCUUGUUAAUCAUCAAAGAACUCAUACAGGAGAGAAGCCAUUUCCAUGUUCAGAAUGUGGAAAAUGUUUUGCUCAGAAAUCAGAUCUUGUUAAACAUCAAAGAAUUCACACAGGGAAGAAGCCAUUUUCAUGUUCAAAAUGUGGGAAAUGUUUUACUCAGAAACAACAUCUUGUUGGACAUCAAAUAACUCACACAGGAGAGAAGCCAUUUUCAUGUUCAAAAUGUGGGAAAUGUUUUACUUAUAAAUCAAGUCUUGUUAAACAUCAAAGAACUCACACAGGGGAGAAGCCAUUUUUAUGCUCAGAAUGUGGGAAAUGUUUUACUAAGAAAUCAAUUCUUGUUCAACAUGAAAGAACUCACACAGGAGAGAAGCUGUUCUCAUGCUCAGAAUGUGGGAAAUGGUUUACUAAUAAAUCACAUCUUGCUGUACAUCAAAGAACUCACACAGGGGAGAAACCAUUUUCAUGUUCAGAAUGUAGAAAGUGUUUUACUGACCAAUCAAGUCUUGUUAAACAUCAAAGAACUCACACCGGGGAGAAGCCAUUUUCAUGUUUAGAAUGUGGUAAAUGUUUUACUGACAAAUCAAGUCUUGCUAAACAUCAAAGAACUCACACAGGGGAGAAGCCAUUCUCAUGCUCAGAAUGUGGGAAAUGUUUUACCCAGAAAUCAAGUCUUGUUAAACAUCAAAGAACUCACACAGGGGAGAAGCCAAUUCAGAGCAGUAAAUGAUGCAGAUAACACAUCUAUAUAUUCACCAUGUACAUAGGAUAUCUGACAUUUAUACAUAUAUCAUAUACUGCAUCUCCAAACUUGUUCCCAAUUGUUAAUAAAAGUUUUCUUUCUUAUAUGAUUUAUUAUUCUUAUAUCCAUCUCCGCACACUGGACUUAUAAUAAAUGUAAUAUUGUCCCUGAGGUUGUAUAUAGGGAAUGUAACGCGUCAGUGUUGUCCCCGCCCCCUUCUCAUUAUGAUUAUAGAGACUUUAAUUCAAGGCAUCAGACAGGAUCCGCGCGUCUCCCUUGAAGAUCGUCUCUUCUGAACAUAAGACGCUGCAGAUACUUUUAUUUAUCACAAACCCUAGACCAGCGUUUCCCGUCUUGACGUCUAUUUUCGGUCUCAGAUCUUAAAAUCCAUUUUUCUAUAUCAGAAUGUCAGGCCCAAGGCCUGAUUAUGGAAACAUACAUGUGUUUUAUAAUUGUAUCUGUGUAUAGUGUAUAAACUAAGACCUGGGGGUGAGGGUCAUUCACACUAUGUUUGUUUGUGUA